AAUGUUCUUCUCGAGAUUACGGGGGUGACCUUAUUAUGUAGCACCAGAGACAAAUGUCAGGAGCGUGGAAGGACAUUGCAAGAAGCAAUCAUGUACAGAUUUUUAUUCCGGACUGUGUACACGGCCCGAAAGUCUUCUGCCUGUGUAUAUGAGGCGUGUGUGUUGCCAGCUAAAUGUGACAAAGCUGCUGUAUUUAGGUUUGCAAAUGGAGGUGGACUCAAAGCCCUCAGCACAAGCUCUGUCAGUCUCUGUGAAAAGAAAGACAAUGUUGCCUCUUCUACUGAAGAUGAGAAAACAGUUGCAGAAAAGGAAGUUGACCCGACAGAAACACCAACUUUGGUGACACAGAAAGCUGAAGAUGACAGCACAGUUAUGAAAAUGGAGGAACAAAGGGAGGAGGAGCCGAUGGUGUUGAAGACGGGUGAUGAAAGUACGACGCAGCAGGAGGAUGUUAAAAUUGAACAGGUUGAGGCAACACCACCAGAAGUGAACACUGUUGAAGCUAAGAGUGGGAAAGACAGUCUCCUGGAUAUUCUUGGAGGCAUGAAGGUGGAUGUAACCAGUAAGAGGAAGCUGAGAAGCUUGAAACCACGGCAAAGCCAUGAUUCCACACACCAGUCAAAGCCAGCAGCUAUGGAGAGCACCAUCAGUAUGUUUCAGAAGGCCACAGAGGAGGCUUCAUCACAGAGUGAGACACUGGAUCCUCAACUGGUUGCAGCUGCGUCUGCAGCCGCCUCCACCCUACCUGACAGCAUCCAGGCCGAGUCCGACCUGCUCCGGCAGCUGAGGCAGCACAAAGCCGUCUCUGAGGCGCAGAAGAAAGGGGACAUGAACAACCUCGGAGACAUCAUCGCUCACAUGAAAGUAGGAAAGAACCCCGACAGGAGACUGAGCACUCGGCCGGCUAAUCAGAUCCAGUUUGAUGACGACGGUCCAGGAUACACUCACGACAGGGGAAUCAACACAGAGCUUUACAGUGCUCGAAGAAAGAAGAUCUAUAUGUCAGGGAAAAGGCUUAACAUCUUCUCCAGCACUACUGAUGAAGAUGGAGUUGAAUCAACAGUUGCCCGGCCAACUCUAUGGGACGUGGAAUUGGCUAAUGAGCUGUCUCUGUCCUCCAAACAAACACACCGCAACGGGCUUGAGGAAAUGAUCGAGUGGACCAAAGAGGGGAGAAUGUGGCAGUACCCAGUCAACAACGAAGUUGGACUUGAGGAGGAAGCCAGCGUCCCGUUCCAUGAGCACAUCUUCUUAGAGAAGCACUUGCAGGAGGGUUUCCCCCGACAGGGACCGGUGCGUCACUUCAUGGAGCUGGUUCUGGCUGGUCUGUCCAAAAACCCUUACCUGACAGUCCAACAGAAGAGGGAACACAUUUCCUGGUUCAGAGACUACUUCCACCAGAAAGAGGACGUCCUAAAAGAGGCUGAUGUUUACCUCAACUGAGACAGUUGCGUCUGUUUUCAACAUUUGUUGAAUGGGGACACACAAACGUAAGACCCGUUUACUCAGCGGGGCUUUGCAACUACGAUCAUCUUCAGUUGGAUUUUAUUACUUGCCUGUUAGCGUGGCAUCAAGUCUGUGUCGUGGUGGCACACAUUGUAAAUUAUGUACUGUCAAAAAGGCUGCGUGUGAUUGAUUGUACAAAGUAUACAGAAAGUAUAAAACAGCAAAAGCCCCAUGGCCAUGGCUUAUUUAAUUUCCUUCCAGUUACACACAUUUACUGCUCCACUGGUGAUUUAUUGAACCUUUAUUUUCAUAAUCCAAUGCUAAUGCAGGCGAUUUACGGGCUAUGAUGUGUCAAUAGUGUGGUGACAGAACAAAAUAAAAACAAUUGGGAUUUUCUGUA